CGGUCGGCGAUUCUCAGAUUCUGAGAAGUGAAUGUGAAAUUAGAUCAAGCUGUGGCAAAUCGUUUACAGCAGUGGGCACAACUCUUUAUACACAGCAGACAGCGACGGCUCCUAUGUGACGCGCCGUUGAUAUGUGAUGCCCCCUGGAGCAUUCUUUAUGCUAAAAUCACCAGAUAAACAAAUACCAAUAAUCGAUGAAGGUUGUCUAGAGUCCAUAUUGCCAAGUCAUCACCUGUGCUUCUCUGGUUGUUAUUCUAGGGGUAGCUGGACCUGGAUCGCCGAAUCCGACUGCAACUCCAAUUUGAAUAUCGACCAUCGGGAUGCCGCAUUCGGAGCGCCCAAGCUCGCCCGAGGAGCACAUUUCUGACCAGUACUUCAUCUAUCGGCUGGAGCAUGAUCUCUACGAGCUGUUUGAGGAGCAGCAGCUGCUGCUAGACAUUGUGGCGCAGCAGCAGGAGCGUCUGGAGCGUCAGCUGGAAAUGCAGCGUCUGCUGUUAAGUGAGCCGCCGGUCAGAUUGGCCACCCCGUUGCCGGAACUGCUGCCGUUGCCGGCACCACAGCCGCUGCAGCUGGAGGAGAUCAGCGAUGAACUGGCACCAGAGCCGGCAACGGCCGUAGAGCCCGAGCUACUGGCCAUAGCCGAGGCGGAUGAACAGACGUCCACGCUGUUCAAAUGCCCGGAGCUGGUGCCGCCCUUGCCGCCUCCGCGCUGCAUCUGCACACAAAUGCAGCGGCAGGCUCGACGUGGCUAUCGCCAGGUGGCCUUGCCUUUCCUGCAGGAUAGCAAGGGUGCCAAGUGCACGCCGCCCAAGCGGAGCGGCCUGGGUUACGAUGCGCCCUUUCCCUACCCCAAGCGCAUGGCCAAGAGUCGCGAGCGACGCGCCCUAUUCAUCUUCACGCUUGUCGACAACCUCGUGCUGCAGCUGCAACGCUGCAUGAGUCUGGCCGAGACCGGCGCCCUUCCCUUGCCCCUGGCCAUGCCGACCGCACGUGCCAGCAAUGUGGUCAUCGUGGAACUGGAACCCCCCAGGAAGGAGGCCGCGUCUCAGCCGUCGCCUUCUGUCACUGUGCCAACUGGUGCCCUGCCGAAGCCGAAAUUCAAUCACAUGGAGAUAUCUGCCAAGCGCUCGCCCAGAACGAAGGCAGCCAAACGCUUACACAAGCAACUGAAGAAAACAUCAUCACAGCUGGAUACGGAAAUAGACCUGGACUGUGAGUUCGGCAUGGAUCAUAUUGAGAAGUUUCGGGCGGAUCGCGUGCGUGAUGAUGAGCACAUUCGCUUUAAGACCACGCCCAUACGCAAGCAUAAGCGACAGUCCUCACAGGGAACGGUGCAACUUGCCGAGGAGGUGCUGACCUCCGAUAAACUGCAGCCGGCCCAAGGAGUCGAGUCCCCGAUUGAUUGCCGUUUCGGGGCAGAGAGCGAGGAUAUUGACAACGAGGUUCUGGCCGUCGCAUUGGCCUCGCUCGCCAUUAGCGAAGAUCCCAAUCCUCAGGCCAAGCCCACGAUGCCCGGCUGGUACGAGAACUGCCUGGCCGCACCUGAGUCCCAGCUAGAAACGCGCCCCUGCACGCCCGAAAUGACGCCCUUCUCCCUGCUGCCAACUGGCCUGCAUAGCAACGGCUUCAUCAGUCUGAUGCCCAGCACUUCGGCUCAGGCGCGCGCCCUCUCGCUGGCCAUGUCCGGACGUCGUCCCGAGUCCUCGCACUCGUCGUCGCCCCCGUCGCCGCUCUCUUCACGCUCGCCGAUGUCUUCUUUGCUACAGCAGAACCCCAUGGAAUCGAUACAGACCUUUCCAGAUCGCUUCUCUGGCAUAUCUAUAAAUCAGUUGGCUUUCGCACACGUUCUAGACGCUAAUGGAAAUAAGGUUAUUGUGCCGCGCCAGUCGGUCAAUGGAAAUGAAUUAAAUGCCGGUUCCUGCGCUGGAUUUCGCAUGGGCUGCGGGCAGGCCAUGUGCUCGACAGGUCAAGUAUCGUCCCCACUGCCGCCAGGACCACCGCCACCAUCGCCUGCAUACAACCACUUUACCUAUGAUAACAUCAAUCCAUUGGCCAACCUGUCGGGCAUAUCAAGCGGAAAGGAGAACGGCAACAUUCAGUCAACACGAAUGGAUAUCUGUGGCGAGGAUUACGCUGCCUCUUCGCCUGACCAUCGUUAAAAAAGGCUGAGUUAAUCCAUUUUUAAAUUGUUUCUAUAAUAUACGCGUCCAUUCGAAUGGA